AUGGCGUUUCCCGAGAAGAAUAUGGAGGAGCCGUCGCCGACGCCGCAAAUAUUGACUCAAAACCCGUCACUUUCCGAUUAUUUGAUAAUUAGCUGCCUCGCCCGCGUCCCGAGGUUGUAUUAUCCCACUCUCUCUCUGGUCUCCAAGAGGUUUCGAUCCCUAGUUUCCCUACUUGCUUCAUUGGAGGCUUUGGAGCUUGCCAAGGCCCGGUCAAUGUUACGACACAGCGGUCAUCGUCUCUAUGUGUGCUUAAAGUCUUCUAAUGAAUGUCGGUUGUUCACCCUAGACCGAAGACCUGACCAAACCCUAACCAAUAAGGAGAAAAAUAUGUCCAGUAGGUUUGUUUUGGUUACAGUCCCAACCAUCCGCUCUCUUCGUGACGGUUUUUCGUCUCUUGUAGCGGUUGGUUCUCAUCUGUACAACAUCGGAUCCGGAUCAAGCUACUACAAUGAGCCAUCCUCUAGUGUCUCGGUUCUGGAUUGUCGGUCUCACACGUGGCAUGAGGGCACAAGAAUGCGGGUGGAGGUAAUGCCACUUACUGUUGCGGUCCUUGAUCGAAAGAUAUAUGUAGCAGGAAUCCGUGAAGAUUCCUAUGAGGACGUAUUCGAGGUGUUGGACACAGAAACACAGACUUGGGAUCAUGUGCCUCUCCCUUACAGAACGUCAGGUAACUACUUUUAUGGUGCAGCAAGAAGCGCAUGUAUUAACGGAAAGAUUCACGUGAUAACUGAAGACGAUACGUUUUGUUACAAUCCCAAGGAAGGUAGAUGGGAUCAACGAGAAAUGAGUCUUUUUUAUCAGAAUGCUUAUUGCAAGAUAGAGAAUGCUUGUUAUUCUGCUUCGAGAGGAGUGUUUAGAUGGAAUGACGGUAAGGAUUGCUGGUGGAGAGAUUUGAAGGGUUUGGUAGGACUGCAUAGCUUAUUUCAGGGUGGUGGUGUUAGAAUGGUUGAUUAUGGUGGUAAUAUGGUGGUUUUGUGGGACGAGACUUUGCGUGGAGAGAAGAGGAUUUGGUGUGCGGAGAUUUCGUUGGAAAGGUGCAAAAAUCGUGAGAUUUGGGCAAAAGUUGAGUGGGUUGAUCAUAUACUUACGGUUCCUACAAAUUAUCAUUCCAUGAACGUUGUUGUUGCUACUGUUUGA